AUGCCGGGUACUGCAGCCAGGAAGCUGCUGGUGUGCGGGCCUCUGUGCACCGGGGCGACACUGCUGGUGCUCGCCGGCCACCUCAGGAACACCACCGCCAUCUUGUGCUGCCUCACCGCCGCCAUCUGCAUGGACGCCGUCAACUGGUCCAUGGCCACACUCAACCACCUGGACCUGGCGCCCCAGUACGCCGGCCUGCUGACGGGCCUCAGCCAGACGGUGUACGGCCUGGGAGGAGUGGUCAGCCCCACUGUCACCGGCCUCAUCGUGCGGAGCGGGACUGCGGAGGAGUGGAGGCUGGUGUUCACCGUGGCUGGAGGUGUGGCCUUCCUGGGGGCCGCCGUCUACCUGCUCCUGGGCUCUGGCCGCCGGCAGCCGUGGGCGCGCGCCGCCUCGCAGGGGUGCCAACCUGCCGCCACCUCACUCGUCCAGUCCUAGUCCCUGGCUCCUGAGGAGUGGAGGCUGGUGUUCACCGUGGCUGGAGGUGUAGACUUCCUGGGGGCCGCCGUCUACCUGCUCCUGGGCUCUGGCUGCCGGCAGCCGUGGGCGCGCGCCGCCUCGCAGGGCUGCCAACCUGCCGCCACCUCACUCGUCCAGUCCUAGCCCCUAGCACCUGAGGAGUGGAGGCUGGUGUUCACCGUGGCUGGAGGUGUGGCCUUCCUGGGGGC